CAUGUGUACAGUGUGUCGAUAUGUUCAUACUCCUCCUCGCCGUGCUGCCGCUGCAGGUUAUACACUGUUCUUCGGAUAACAAUGUUCAUGAGACGUUCACAUACACGGACCGCACCGGCAGACAGCUGGAAUGUGACCGCUGCCCACCGGGACAGUUUUUGCGGUCUCGUUGCACCGCGACGCAGAAGAGCGUGUGCAUGCCAUGCCCCACCGGCUCGUUCACGGCACAAUGGAAUCACAUCGGCAAGUGUCUCCGGUGCAGCAAGUGCGACUUCAACCAGGUGGCGACGAGUGCGUGCACGGCGGACCGUGACGUCCAGUGUGAGUGCAGACAAGGAUACUACAACAUGCACGGCAUGUGUAUGCGUCACAGCCAAUGUCCGGUAGGAGAAGGAGUGCUCGCCAAUGGUACAGCCACUGAGGACACGGUGUGCCAGACCUGUCCGGACGGGACCUUCUCCGACAUCGCCUCUAAUCAGCAGAGCUGCAUGCAGCAUCAGAACUGUGAAGCUGCAGGGCUGAAGCUGGUGCUGAAGGGCUGCAUCUGGCACAACAGCGUGUGUGCGAGCAGUGAAGAGGCCAAAUCAAAAGAUGGAGCCGAGUACCUGAAAGAAAUCCUUCCAAAUUUCUUCGUCCACCAGAAGAUGAAUCCCAGGCGUCUUUGUCAGCUCGUGUACAAACUCAACAAUGGGAGACCUUCCUGUCUGAGCGACUCAGAUUCUCUGGCACAGAUCAACACAUGGCUGGCCUCUGCCACGGUCAAGCAGCUUCGAGACCUUCCAGCGGUACUCAAUGUGAUCCAAGCAGCUCAUGUCGGUGAGAAACUCCAGAAUAAGCUGCAGCGAAUCGACUCUCAUCUGAAGGGGAUAUCUGCGAGUGAGAAUGAGGUGACAGAGUAGGCUGAGGAUGAAAAUGUCUCAAUAUAUGCACCAAAGUGCUUUAGUGAUUCAGCAUAGCUCAAAAAUUUAAGAUGCACUGCCAGUAAGCCAACAGGCCUUAGUACUCUCUGCAUUACUUAAACCAGAAUACCACUUAGUUAGGAGUUAGUUUACUUGUCUUUAUUACAUUACAACUCUUUGUGUUACAAUACAUUUUUGUCCCUUAUGAAAAUAAAUACAGUAAUGAAUGUGACAAACUGUGCAAGGCAACAUGUUUUGGAUGUCAGGUGAUAAUACCAAAUUCUGUUCCGUUCACUGCCAAAUGUUUUUGUACCUUUCUCACAGAUGCAUCAUCAAAGCUGCAUUUAUGAGAUACAAUAUACACCUUUUGGUACCUGAUUGUAAUUUAAGGUACAAAUUUACUGCUAAGAUACUACGUUGUGCCUUAAAUUGAUCAGGAUUGUAAUCCAACACACACAAAAACAGAGAGAGCACCUGUGUUGAUGACACUUAAAAUAUUAAAGAAAUGUAAAGUGUCAUUAACACAGGUGCUCUCUCUGUUUUUGUGUGUGUUGGAUUACAAUCCUGGUCAAUUUAAGGCACAACGUAGU